GACGUGCCGGGCGCCAUGUUGGAGGGCUGGUGGUAGCGGCUCGGGGAGGUGCUCGCUCUUGUCGGUCUCGCUCCGUCUCUCGCUUCCCCCCCCCGCCCCCCGGCUCCCUCCGGGAACUCCCCCCUCCCCCUCCCCGGUCGCCGGCGUGUGGCGGAGUGUGUGCGAGGGCGGGGGCGGGCGUCGGGGGGGACGGGGGCGGGCGCCGCGGCCCCCGGGACGGCGGCCGAGGGAGGCGCCGGCGGCGAGGGACUCCGCGGCGCCAUGGACGUCGAGAGGCUGCAGGAGGCGCUGAAAGAUUUUGAGAAGAGGGGGAAAAAGGAAGUUUGUCCGGUCCUGGAUCAGUUUCUCUGUCAUGUAGCCAAGACUGGAGAAACAAUGAUUCAGUGGUCCCAAUUUAAAGGUUAUUUUAUUUUCAAACUGGAGAAAGUGAUGGAUGAUUUCAGAACUUCAGCUCCUGAACCAAGAGGUCCUCCCAAUCCUAAUGUUGAAUAUAUUCCCUUUGAUGAAAUGAAGGAAAGAAUACUGAAAAUUGUCACUGGAUUUAAUGGUAUCCCUUUUACUAUUCAGCGACUAUGUGAAUUGCUAACAGAUCCAAGAAGAAAUUAUACAGGAACAGACAAGUUUCUCCGAGGAGUAGAAAAGAAUGUGAUGGUUGUUAGCUGUGUGUGUCCUUCUUCAGAGAAGAACAGUUCUAAUAGUUUAAACCGAAUGAAUGGUGUUAUGUUUCCUGGAAACUCACCAAACUAUACUGACAGGUCUAAUAUAAAUGGGCCUGGAACACCCAGGCCACUUAAUCGACCAAAGCUUUCUUUGUCAGCCUCCUUGACAACAAAUGGUUUGCCUGAGAGCACAGAUAGCAAAGAGUCAGACCUACAGCCAAGUGAAGAAAAAGUCCACAGUGAUUCUCCAGGAUCCGAAUCCGAGGUUUCCUCACUGAGCCCUGUUAAAAAUAAACAUCCAGAUGAAGAUGCUGUGGAGGCCGAGGAGCAUGAGGUGAAAAGACUGCGGUUUGACAAGGAAGGUGAAGUCCGAGAGACAGCCAGCCAGACGGUGUGCAGUGACGGCUCGGGCAGAGCGCAGGAAGCUGAAGCAUCGUCGUCCCCUCCGGAGCAGGACAGGGAGAGUCGCAGCAGGCGGCACUGCACAGAGGAGGAGGAAGAGGAGGAGGACGAGGAGGAAGAGGAGGAGGAAGAAUCUUUUAUGACACCAAGAGAAAUCGUCUCAGAAAGGAAAAAUCAAGAAAAAGAAUCUGAAGACACCUUAACUGUGAAUGAAGAGCCUUCAGAGGAGGGUACUCACAUGGAGGACUCGGACCGGUCUCCAGCUCAGAGAGAUCCUCCCCCAGAAAGGAGGGACAGCGCGGGGGCUGUGAGGAGUGGUUCUGACUGCCUGGAGACAGAAGAGCCGGGAGGGCCCAGGAAAGCUGGAGAAGGUGUCUCGGGGUCACCCAUGGAGAACGACGAUGAUGAAACCACAGACGUCACAGACGAACCCAUGGAGCAAGACUUAACGACUUAGAAACACUUAGAGGCAGUAUUUUACAUACAGUUCUGGUUUUACACUGUAUCAAACUUUUAAGUAAUAAAGUGGACCUUUAGUUUUACAAGAGAAACAGGCUGUAAAAUAAAGAACCUAAGAAUAAACCCUGAAAGAGUUGUACGGGGAAGAGCUGUGAAUACCGGCUCCUCUAGGUCCCGCUUAUUGCUGAUUUUCUUGUUUUGUUUGGUUUUUGCUUUUUUUUUUUUUUUUUUUUUCUCCUCUCUUUCUUUUUUGGUGUACUCAAAUCAGUGGUUUGUGUAUAGAUUUUUUUUUUAACUUAGAAUUAAAGUUUUUAAACUGGAAGAUAAUUAUAAUUUUGAAAACUUUUUAAAGAUGAUCAUAUUUGGUUUAUACAUACACAAGGAAGAUUUUUGUCUUGUCUCUAGUGGUUUCCAUAUUUCAGUCAUAGUUUGAACAUGUUAACAUGUGAAUUAUAGGGUUUCAUGUGGUUUCAGAUUUUAUUGUUCAACUGUACAAUGGAACUUUAAGUCAUAUAUACAUAUAUAGAUUAUUCUAAGGGGGAAUGUUAUAUUUUUCUGUUUCUAUAAGAGAUGAAUACAGUGAAUACUUUUUUAUUGGUAAUGACUGAGUUCACUUCUUUCAGAAGACAUUUUCUUUCUCUUCUGAGUAAUUGAGAUAAAAUCUGGCCCCUGUAAAACCCUGGCAAUCUUUAAGUCUGUUGAAAUACAAGGUUAAACACAUUCCAAGAGAUCUGUGCAAACUAAAAUUCUUUUGUAUACUUCUAAGGUGCCUGAGGGAAAAAAAGAUUCAUUAUUUAUGAGAAAAUGUGCUUAAUGUUGGGAGUUGUGUAGGAGCAUUUACUCACUGUUUGGUAGAAUGAGUUCUUAGGAGCCUGACAGGAAACCAUCUCAGAAGAGCCCACAGGUCCCGUUUCACUUGCUUUUCUGAACAUUGUGACAUUACACCUUUAUUUCUAAAUUAUUCUGUAUGCACAUGGCACUGCUGUGAAACAGCACUGUACUGGAAGAAUUAGGAGGUCCUUCAGUAUGUACCUGAGCUAAAAAGACUAGAGCUCUAGGGGUACACAGAAACCACCAUGAUUUGUAUAACAUUUUGAAGUGAAUUAAUAUUUUUGAACAUGCUUCUUCGACAGCCAGUGUUAUAUUUUUCAGAUCAACACAAAGCACAAAGUUACUACUCUAAACUCAAUAUUUUCAAAUUCACAUAUUUAAAGUCAUGCAAGCUGCAACUUCCCUGUCAAAAUUACUGGCUGCCAAAUUUAUACCUGUUUCUUCAGCUGUACCUUUUGAUAUUUAGAAUUUUUAAAUUUCUGUAAAGUAGAUUUUGUAGACUGUAAUGUGUUCACUGCCUUUGUGAAGCGGUAUAAUUGUAUAAUUUCGUGUGUAAACUGAAUGCUUGGGCUUUCAAUACAGUAUUCAUAUAAAGCAAUAAAUAUUAAUGUUAUGAAAUAUUCGAGUACAUUUUUAUCAAAAUACAAAAGAAUUCCUUUUUUAGUUUCAGACACCUGAGAUACACAGAUGGACUUGUAGUAGCUGGUGCAAACAGUUUCUCACACUGUAUCCUAAGCUUUGGGGGAUUUGGAGGGAAGCCACAAGUUUGCAUUUUGACUACUUAGACAUUACUAUGACUAAAAAUAACAAGAUAUUUGGCUCCGUUUGUUCAUAGAGUAAUAUACUACUGACUGACGACCUUCAGGUUCACAGCAGCUAGAUAUAGUUAGGAAUCUGUCUAAUAAAAUUGAGUGUUGAUUUACUGCACCCAAGAGGGGUGAAAAUCAAAUGUAAUUUUUAAAACAUUUUGGCAAAAAUGUUAAAAAAAAAUGAAGCGAAUUUUGAAUGUGACAUUCAUGUGUAGUGACCUGUUAACUCUAUUUUGUUGAGGGAUUGCCAGUGAGAGCAGAUUUUAACCAUUUUAGGUUUAGAAACUUUGAGAUUUUCCCUUAGGGUAUUUAUGAGAUUGUUGUCAAUAAACCUGUUCUCUAAGCUCCUUUGACUUUUGAUAGUCUUUAUUUAUGGUUCCAUGGACCAUUUGUAAACAAAUCAGUUUGCUGCUGGUUAAAGUUGAAGAUUUUAGCAUCAUGAAUGGAGGUCUGUGGUUUUAUUUGUAAACUUGCAAUUACUAUCUUUGCAAGAGAAAAUGUAUUUCUUUAUUAAAUAAAGUAUAAUAAUGGUGAAUGUACCAAAAUGACAUCACUCAAUUCUGUGAGAGGUCUGCAUUUUAAUCUAUAGUUUAAUAGUUUUAAUAUUUAUUAGCUAUUCCUAUGUUGAUCAUAGAUGAAAGUUGUUGCUGUUUAUACAGAUACAUGUAGGAUGCUGGGGAGGGUCUCUAGGGUAGCUGCAGUACUCAUCACGUGAAACUAUGUUCAGCAGGCUGUAGAUGCUUUGGCCCCUUGGAAGCCCAUUUCCAGAAGUGUUGUUAGAUGCACUUACCAUAGGCAUUGUGCAAAGAAAGCAUCAGUUCUAACAUGAACGGAGUCAUUUGUAUGUUCAAAAGGCGAGUUUUAGGCACAUUUCCUUAACGUAUGCAGCAGAUACGAGAAUGAUCCAGGAGAAUCAAGGCUUUGGUGACUGAAGUAGCUGGCCCUCUGAUACUGAACAAACUUACUCAUUUCUCCCUUCCCAACCCUGGUGUGUAAUUGGGUGAUGCCAAUGAGGAAAGAGUAUACUUGUGACUUGUUUUUGCCAUUUUUUUCCCCUUUUAAAAAGGGAACAUUUUUGAAAAAUGUCUUCAGUUCUGGGAAUGUGGCAGAGCAAAAAUGAGUAGUGAAAAUAUAUUUUGAGUGUUGGUUCGAUUUAAUCCAUUUACUGUUUGUUACAACUACAGCCUUUUCCGUGUGUGGCCAGAGCAAUGGAGUUAGGGAGCUGUAACUAUCGGCUUUGGAAAGCUGUCCCAGAAGUCUUGGGUCGUCAGAAAGUCUGGCUGACCUGUUAGAGCAUUGAGGACCCAGGGUUUUGUUUUGGCAGUGUAGAUAGGCAUGUAUUUGUGCAUUUGUAAAACCAAUUUUUCAAAUAAUGUAUGUAAUGUACUAGUUUACUUAACGGUACCUGGGCAGAGCCUGAAGCUGCUGCAAUGUUUGAAUGUGAAAACUGUAAUGAGAGGACAGAGAUGUACCUGCAGAGCCAAAGCAAAUUAUUUUGAGUAGUGUUUCAAAUUGUCUUCUGAGAAGGACUUCUUAGAUCUAUUGGUUUUGACAAAAUGAAGGUCAGUUCUUGAGUUUUGUGCUGAUCGUAAGAUGAAUGGAUGAAAAAGACACCUUGUAAUUUCAUAUGGAAUUAUGAAAACUAGCUUGACUGGGUUAUCGGCCUAACAAGGAUGCUAGUAUGUAUUGGCUAGAAUACAUAUAUUUCACAUUUAAAAAAUAAUCCAGACACCAGAAUUCUCCUUUAUUUCAACUUGGAGCCUAGAUCACUUUGCCAAAUAAAUGUAUUAUUUUCAUAAUGCAAUAAAAUGUAAAAUAGAA